AUGGGCAUAUUUCACGAUUUCCAAAUGGCCGCGCGCAGCAGCUAUCGUGCAUGUGUGCUCAUCCCAUGGACAGCCAUUUUCAUGGGCGAAUUGGAGGAUGUCCAAACGACCAUGCUCGGCAGCAUUGCUGCACGUGCUAGCAUCCCAUGGACAGCCAUUUUCAUUGGCAUAUUUCAGGAUUUCCAGGUGGCCCUGCUCGGCAGCAUUGCUGCAUGUGCGUUCAUCCCAUGGACAGCCAUUUUCAUGGGCAUAUUUCAGGAUUUCCAAAUGGCCAUGCGCAGCAGCUUGGGUGCAUGUGUGCUGAUCCCAUGGGCAACCAUUUUCAUGGGCAAAUUGGAGGAUGUCCAAACGACCAUGCUCGGCAGCAUUGCUGCACGUGCUAGCAUCCCAUGGACAGCCAUUUCAUUGGCAUAUUUCAGGAUUUCCAGUGGCCCUUGCAGCAUUGCUGCAUGUGCGUUCAUCCCAUGGACAUCCAUUUCAUGGCAUAUUUGA